UCAAUGUGCAUCCCGCGCCAAGCAGACGAGAAUCUUCUAAAAGGGAAACGGAAGCUGUCGAUGUGCUUCGUCGUUCCCCGGUUUCCCUCGGUCUGCGGCCGAUUUUUGAAUGGCAAACGUGUCUCACUACCGCAAAACCAAAAUGAGUACCACAACCACCUCGAAAAGUCAAUCCCAAGAUGGCGGUGUUGUUACCACCCGAACGACAGUGACCACGAAAACUGUCGGCGGCCCCGCCAAACCGAUGUCCGCAAUGGCCAAAUUUCGGCAGCUCGAGAAACAAAACUCCCUCUCUUCACAAUCGCCCCCUAAUUCUCCCAGAACGCCGUCCACCCCGACGACGCCGAGUGCCACCGCCACCCCAACCGCCGGGGGGCCCAUGUUUCAGUUUACCGAUCCCUCGCUGAACCGCCGGGCUGCCACUGUCAAGGAUCAGUUGUUGCAGUGGUGCCAGAUGAAGACACGGGGAUACGAGAACGUUAAAAUAGAAAACUUCUCCACCAGCUGGUCAGAUGGAAUGGCAUUUUGUGCGCUGAUUCACCAUUUCCUCCCGGAAGCUUUUGAUUUUGCCAAAUUAACACCGCAACAACGACGUCACAAUUUCACACUCGCCUUCCGAGUGGCUGACGAAAAAGCCGGGAUCGCGCCACUGUUGGAUGUUGAUGAUAUGGUUGCAAUGCGAAAGCCUGAUUGGAAAUGUGUCUUCACAUACGUACAAUCAAUCUAUCGACGUUUCAAAAAUGAGAUUUAAAACUAGAGUCAAGUUGACGGUCUAACUUAAUCGAUUGGGAACCGUAUAGAGACGUAAGAACUUAACAAUAAACGAUCUAGAGAUUUCAUCAACCAGUGUGUUGAAAGAGUAAGAAAAGAAGCAACAAAAAACAAGCUGUUGAAAUUUGAAUCCCGUUUUUCGUUUGAUAGAGAAAAGAAGAUGUCUUAAAUCGAAGCCUCUAGUUUAAAAUUCUCAUGUUGUUACAAUGUUAAUUUGAGAAAAUUAUUUACACCAUUACUUUAUCUAGUUUGUUUAUUUACAUACGUAAUUGUAAAUCUGUUUUUAAUUUAUUUGUUUUUAAUGUUAUUUUUACCCUUCCUUCUAACAAAAUGGAUAAGAUAAUUUUUUCUUUCGCUUGGCUUAACCUGAACCUUGCCACAAAUUGUUAAUGAAAUGAACGGCUAGACAAACAAUAAAAUGUUAGCCCUAGUAAUAGAUGAUUGUAGACCGAAGUUAAAAAAAAAACAGAAGAAAGCGAUUAAGCUGUACCAUAGUGAAAAUUCCAUCUGACAGGAGUUUUAAUGUAAGGGAGAGAAAAUAAAAUACAGUUAACUAAAAAACUCAAACAAACAAACGAAUUCAAUCGAGAGUAUCAUCAAACGUACUAAACCAGCUGCCUCUUAGGGAAAGUUUUAAUCAGACAAUAAAACCACCAAUCAAGAGCCGCAAUAACUCUGCGGAAAGCGAGAAAGUUAGAAGAGUCCCCGGAAAACGCUAAGCCAGCAAAUGUGAGAAAUGUGAUUGUGUUUUAAGGUUAGGAUAAUGCAUAUUAAUUCAGAGACAACAUUUGCUUUUGUUCACCGACCUUUACUUAUUUUUUCGUAUACAAAUGAGAAAAUACUAUAGUUUUAGGUUACGGACUAGAAAAAAAAAAUAUACACGCAGGAUUAAAGUACGCGCACUUGAGCAACAAUUUGCAGAACACCACUUAGCACCGUUUCAAAUAAGAGUAAAUGUUUUUAGCGUCCCGAAAAAAAAUGGAAAAACAAACCCUGGACUCAAAACAGAUUGUAAAAAUCGACCGACAGGGAUUUAUAUAUUUCUGAACCAAAUUGAAAAAAGAAACAAACAAAAAAUGUAAAAUACUAAACACCACAACCGAGUUUGGGGUUAAAUUGUACAGGAAAGAAAAGAAAAAUUCGAGACAGUUGGAUGGCGGAACAGAAGAAAGAUGUAAUUCAGUAAUCAAACACAAAUAACAAACCACAGCCACACGAUAAAAAAAAAGAAAAGGCACCAUUUAACACCCGUUAAGUUUAUAAGAAGAAGAAAACCACUAUUUUGAUAUAUUUACCGCAGUGUCGCUUUCAAUGAUUAAAAAAAAGAAAAACAUUACACAAGUGUAACAACAAAUAGUAAUUAAAUGAUGAAAAAAUAACAUUACACAAGAAGCAGCAAACAAACAAACGACGGUCUGGGACCGUACUCGCUUUACUUAUGAAGAUUGCCUCUGAAGAAAGGCGCUUGCUAAUAAUAAUAUGUAAUCAUAUUCAUUUAUAAUACACACCGAAUGAUACGAACAAAAUGAGAAUGAAAAUUUGAAUUUAUAAAAAAAAGCUUAGAAAAGAAACCAGAACCAACAAUGUAAUAAAUCACGCUCGUGAAACCGCAAUACUGAUGUGGAUUAUUUGUAUAUAA